AUGCCUCGUCUGGUGCGCCGCAAACCGCUUCUUCAGCGCCUCUCGGCGCUGCUGAAUCCCAUGGACUCUCUGCUCUGGCUGUCAGAAGAGCUGGAGACGCGCGACUGGGACUCUAAAAACGCGGGCACGCAACUUGGUCUGGGGCUGAAUUUUGUUUUUCUUCUCGCCCGCGCAAACUCUGGUUCGGCGCAGCCGACAGACGAUGUUUUUAGCGGUGACGACAAGUCGCUGUGGUUGUCGCUGGUGAUCAACUCUAUUGUCUGGGGUCUGGGUAUAUUUGCAGUCACGAACGGCGUGUACACUCUGACGCGCGCUCGCAAGUAUAGGAUGUUCGAGGCGAACAUUGAUGUGCAGCCUGCUACGCCCUCGGCUCACAGGGUUCGGGUGCAAGGCUCACCAACCUCCUCUUCGCCUCUUGGGUUUCUUGCUAGCAUGAUUACUCCUGAUACGCCAGAGAGUAGGGCCCAUCCCGACAAGAGACGAGAUGUGUGGGAGCUCUCUGUCUGGGAUCCUCUGCCCAUAUCGCUACCACACGUUUUGGUGUACGCCAUGUUUCUCCCUCUUGCAUCGUUGGAUCCCCGUCCCAGCAUGACUGUUUUCAACACGUUGGUAAUUCAAGGCCUUUUGUCUGCACAGCUAUUGCUCUUCUUCUCCAAGUUCACGCAGCAGGGCAAGGAUAACUCCAUUAUCCAGAAAGAAGUCAUGCACGAAUAUGACACCAAGUUCGUCCACCCAUUGAUGCAUCCUGUUGUGCGCGACGUCGGUGUUCAAGCAUCCGCAGACGCUGGCUCGAGCACCGAGGAUCUUGUGCAAACCGGCACACCCACGACACUCAUUCGACGGUCCUUCAAGACGCACAAGAACCCGCACAUCGAUGAAGAGGAACCCGCCCCAUCUCGACCACGCACGUUGAAGCCAAAUCUUUUCACACCGUCCGGUCGUCGAUCAGACUCGUUCAGCCCUAUGCCGUCUAUUCGCAGCUCAGGCCUUCGUAAUAGCAUGCCUACGCCUGUGCGCCUGCCGGCGUCUGUCUCGACUAGCAACCUGAACAUGCCGUUUCCCUCUGUAUUCCCGGGCGCCUCGACACAUGAUCAUUCUCCAUUACGACACACACACAGCCUCAAUAAUCUUAACAGCCCUCUCCAACCACAAUCACCACGCACGUCCAGGGAAAUGGCGGCGUAUGAACAACGAACUCGACCAAGAAGUCCGUUGAAACACUCUGAAAGUCGAAAUUCAUUUGGCGCAACGCCCUUGAACAGGCGAGGUACGGGGAGAUCUGCACAGCAAGAAGGUCAACGGCCAGUAUGGUAG